AAACCGGUAUCUUUAUAAACAUUAAAUGAAUUACUAAAUGAUUCUGGCAUUAAAGAUUGUAAAUCAAUGACCCGUUGUAAUCCGAGAUAAGCACAAAGUUCAUAGUUAUGUUACAGCUACUAUCUUAUGAUUUCUGAAUACAAGAACAUUAUACUGGCUCAGAUAACAUUCAGUGCUUCUGCUUUUAAGUUUAUUUUUGAAUAUUAAUAAUGUUUCGACAUGUAUUGCUGCGUAGAAAUCCAGUAAAGAUAUCAUUAAAUUAUUUGAGAAGGGAAGCAUCUAAUUCAUCCUCAUCUCAGGGAUCCAAUAGUGGACAUGAACAGGAGGAUAAUACAAAAGAUAAGUUACCUCAGAAUGAAAAUCCAAUUAAUCGUACCCUUCGUGUACUUAAACAAGAUGUAAAGUCAUUUAAGGAUAUAUUGUCAUUCUGGCAAGAUGAAAAACCAGAAGAUACAAUGGCACGUUACAAAAAGCUAAAAGAGUUUCCAAAUCAUGUUGAUAUAGUUAUUAUUGGUGGAGGAGCUAUUGGAAGUUCUAUAGCUUACUGGCUAAAAAGCACAGCACAGAAGGGUCUACAAGUAGCUGUGGUGGAAAAGGAUCCUACAUAUAGCAAAGCAUCAUCAGUUCUAUCUGUUGGUGGUUUACGUCAACAAUUUUCUUUAGAGGAGAAUAUUCAGAUGUCCUUGUUUGGUUCUGAAUUCCUUCGUAACAUUAAUGAUUAUCUUGGUGUUGAGGGAUUUGCUGAUGUGGAUGUGCAGUUCCAACCCCAUGGUUACCUCUUCCUGGCAUCCGAGGCUGGUGCAGAGACUCUCCAAACAAACUCAAAACUCCAAAAUUCACUUGGUGCACGAAAUGUUAUUUUAUCACCUCAAAUGCUACGUGAUAAAUUCCCAUGGAUAAAUACAGAGGGCAUAGCACUAGGGUGCCUCGGAUUAGAAAAAGAAGGCUGGUUCGAUCCAUGGUCAUUACUAUUUGGAUUCAAGAGGAAAGCCCUUUCUCUUGGAGUGGAUUACAUUGACGGUGAAGCUGUCGAUUUUAUAUUCGUCAACAAAACACAAGUUGUUUCAGACGACCCUUUUUUUAGCACUCCACAAGAACUCGUAGUUCGACUGCCAAACGGAACAAUGAACACAAUUAGUUUCUCUAUUGCAAUAAUUGCAGCAGGGGCUUUCAGCAACAAUAUUGCUAGAAAGGCUAACAUAGGCACUGGAAAGGGACUUCUCAGCGUACCACUUCCAGUAGAACCAAGAAAAAGAUACGUAUAUUGUUUUCACUCUCCUGAUGGCCCAGGAUUGAAUACGCCGUUAACAAUCGAUCCAAGUGAUACUUACUUUAGAAGAGAAGGUCUUGGUGGCUGUUACAUAUGUGGCCGUUCACCAGAAUUUGCAGAAGAGGAGCCAUCCAUAGAUAAUUUAGAUGUGGACCACAAAUUUUUCGAAGAAAAAAUCUGGCCCAUAUUGGCGCAGAGAGUUAAAUCUUUUGAAAAUUUAAAGGUGGUCAGUUCCUGGGCUGGCUAUUACGAAUUCAAUACUUUCGAUGAAAAUGGAAUAAUUGGAAUGCAUCCACGUCACAAUAAUAUAUGCUUUGCAACGGGAUUUAGUGGUCAUGGAAUUCAGCAAGCACCAGCAGUGGGACGAGCAAUCAUGGAACUUAUCGUAUACAGCGAAUUUAGGACCAUAAAUUUAUCAAAAAUGGGCUUUGAUCGAUUUAUCAAUAUAGAACCUAUAAGAGAAACAAAUAUAGUUUAGUGCAUUAGUGUUGCUCUUUUCUUUUUUGUGAACGAUAUCCGUUUCCUUUUAAUUAGGCCAGCUAAAUGGACAUUAAUAUACAAUUGUUAGAAAGUGACUAUUUUGAAUUUAAAUGUACAAGUUUUACAAUGAGUGAAAGAACAUUACAACUGAUGUGAACAUAAUUGUACAUAAAUAGAAGAAGAUCAAAUUUA